AUGGUUGCAAAGUUGUGCAUUUGGGUCGCUAUGCUGGCACUCCUCAUUACAUUCCUCAUGUUUUUAUCUUCAUUCUAUCUAAAAUUGAACGAGCCCCUAAUCUUGCACAAACAUGAAAUCCAGAGGUUUGUUGUGGAUAGCGGACGGACUAAAGCGAAGCGUCAGCAGUUGCCAAAUCUGGAGCAGCUCGACUGGCCAGAACUAGAAUAUUUGCCUGCUCCGCUGGGUGCGCCGGGAACAAAACAAAUUCUAUGGGAACCACAAUACAGCCGCAAACAGAUGCGUACACAAUGGAAGCUAUUCAGUGCUUUUGUCAACUUCAUGGAGGAACUGGAUGUGCUGUGGAGAAAGAUGGCUGAACUCACACCCGAAAUUAUAAUUAAGCAAGGCGGGUUAAGGGACAAGAUCUACGCAAAAUUAAUUGAACCCCACAUUACCUCGCAGGAUGUCGAAGGUAGCCGCAAACUGUGUGGCUGGUGUGACUGGGGUUGGCCUUUCAUUGAUAUUGGUUACUACACCACCAACGCAACCCACAUGGAAGAACGGGCAAUUUAUUUUGGUGUGCAUGAGACGUGUGCCAAGUCUGAUGUUUUUCCUCUCAUAUUCCGCCCAUUCUACAAGCACUGGGUCCCAACGCCAAGAAACAGCUUUGCAGCUAUCAUGCAACCGAACAUCGGCGUGGUAGAUUGCCUCGUAUCCGGAUGGGAUCACGUGUUUGAGAAACAAAGGCAGCGUCAAUUCAUAUCGUGCGAAAAACUGGCGCACCGGUAUGCUUUCGUUGAGCACAACCCCCUCUACGACAACAGCGACCAGGGCAGUGUCUCAGACCUGGUGUGCGUCCGCGAGAGGCUUAUUCUUGGUAAUCGGAGCAUUCACGAAAUACAUCUGGUAGCACCCAGAAAUGUGGCCCAUGUAGAAACCUACGGAAUGCGUGUGGUGACGCCCUAG